AAAACGUCAAACUGACAGGAGUAGUACUCCAUAUAAUAAAUAAUGUCUCCGUCAGUCUACUUUAACCGCUCGAAAGCUCAAUUACUAUAAUCAAAAACGCGAAACUCAAUCUUUUUCUAACAAAAAAUAAUAUUCCUUCCCUUUUCGGUCUUUUGUACAUAUCAUAAAGAAUUGCUUUUCAAAUCAGUUCGUGUACUCGCGCCUUCAAGUGCUGAAGGCGUCGGCCGUCGGCCCUGUCUCUCAAGUCGUCGAGUCAACGUUUACUCAAAUAUGGCUAUUAAGUGAAAUAUUUAUUUCUUUUUCCGUCACAAACACCAAGGACCGACUAAAUCACGAACUCGUUUGGCUAGCGAUUAGGUUAUGCUAGCAGUCACUCUCUCCAAGAAUGAGUGGAACGACGUGAAAAGCGACAGUUCGGAAAUCGAGCAGUCGCAUUUGACGUAUAACGAGACCUUCGUUUGCAAUAAUAUCAAAGGAAUUGAGUAAAAGAAAAUGCCAGCUCCACCGCCUCCGCCACCCACAGGUGGACUCAACCUCGCAAAUUCUGGAGCUGGUGAUGGAAGAGGAAUGCUCUUACAGUCUAUCAGGGCUGGAAAAGCAUUAAAGAAAACUGUCACUGUUGACAAAAGUGCUCCUGCCAUAAGUGGCAAAGUAAAAAGUAGUGCUCCAAACUCCAAUUCAUCAAGUAUUGGCAGAAACAACAAUUUAAAUUCGUCAAGUAAUAUCAGCAGCAGCAUUAGUAAUGGAAGUCCCGCCGGACUUGGAGGCCUUUUCGCAGGCGGAAUGCCGAAACUAAAGCCCACGGGACUCAGGGGCAACUUGGAAGAGAAAAACAAUGGAAACAGUGUAAAUAAUUCUAGUAGCAGUAACAUUCAUCAUAGCACUCAUAACACUCAUACAAUUCCGAGUGUGAAACGAGGACCGCCACCUAUCCCACCACCUAUUGCGCAGAAACCACAGGUGAUGAAUUCUGAUUCAACGUCAAUUAAUAUAGAAAUUCACAAGGGUUUCGGAAAACUAACACAUGCGCCGAAGCCUCCACCUCCGACGACUGUUGCCCCCAAAAAACCGUCUCCGCCCCCGAAGAAAUUGAGCCUUACAGCUGGUACCGUUUCGAGGGCGCAGAGUAUGCGAUUACCAAGGUCAUCUCCUGUCCUUGCGCCGACGCCUCCUUCUCUUCAUCAAUCGCAGGAUUGCCUAAACACAUCAGAAACGCAGCAAAGGCGCAUCCUGAGGCCGCCGAUUGUAAGACCGCCCUCGCCUCCGAUUUCCAGGGUAAACAGCACGGCCACUAUAAUGAGAGCAGCACCGCCUCCGCCUUCCAGGGUUGCAGUGACCGCACCCAGCAUACCGCCACCACCUCCUCCGCUUCCUCAUCGCUCCGGAUCCACGCACCAGAGGACAGCACCACCUCCUCCUCCCACCCCUCCCACAAGAGGUUCCUCGAUGAGAAAUGGCCAGCCGAUUUCCCUAGACCUGGAUGCGAGGUUCUCCCAUCUUUUCCACUCAAUUGCAGAGUUUCCGUCUCCUGACCCCUUUACAGGCUGUCCCAAGGUCUACAAUAGCAAAUUAAUCGCAGCAAAGCAACAAGCUCCACAACCACCGCAGCGAUCAGCACCUACCCCCAGUUCGAUGGGUCAAUUAAAUACCUCAUCUGGGGGUAAACAGUGGCAACACAAUGCGGCUUCAUCGGCGUGUUGAAAAUUGAAAAAAAAAAACCGAUUAACCGACGUGAUAUCUCGUUCUAGUUAGCCUAUAAUAAUGUUCUUAAAACAUUGCCAAAUUAUAAGAAGCGAGUAACAAAUAAGAACGUAGGCGUCAUUUCGAGAAAACUAGUUGGAAAACUUUCCUUCGUCAUUGAAACCAAUUUUCUCUCACUGAUCCUCAUGAGCGGUGCGAAAAAAAACUCGAAAUUCAGGGCUUCCAAAAAGUAAAUCUAGAAAUUAUUAAAAUUUGAAAACUGUUAAUUGUAAAUAAAUAAAUUGGAAAGCAUGCGAAUUAAUCAAAUUUUAAGGACUAAAAUUUAAAACACUCGAAUUUAAAUGCGUUCUAAUUUACAAGAAUCCAAACCUUUCGAGUGUUCAAGAUUUAGGAUUUAAGUACAAAACUGUUUGGUACUUAAUGUUUUUAGUUGUUGUAAUUAUUUGCUCAAUUUUAAAUCGAAUUUUUUUCGAGAGUUAGAGGAAUUUGAUAAAUUUCAAGUUUUUGGAACACCCACUUAUCCACUCUUUCCAAGUCACAAUGCAUAUCUACAUUACUUCUUUUUGUGUUAAAAAAAAAGACAUCCCCAAAAACAAGUUUCGCCAUAAUUUCAUUAAUUUAUAGACUAAACAAUGUUUGGAAAGGUGAAAGUGUCUUUCGGUCGAGGGAAAAUGGUUUUCCUGUAAAAGUUUCAUGACAGCCCUAUAUUGUUAUGCACUCUGUGCACUGAGAGCCGAGAUUUACUUUAUACAAGAUGCGAAAUAUGAUACACGUUACAUUUUAUCAAGACAGACACUUCUUUUCCGUUCGGUUCGUUGAAGAAAAUAACAAAAAUUACGGGGAAUCAUUAAUAUUAAUUUGUCAAAAGACACUUCAAGUCUUUCGUUAAAGUAUUAACACGUACUUUAGAUUUCGUGUAUAUCUUUCUUUUUAUCGUAUAACAAUUUAAUCUGCUAAACACUAGUACCCAAACAUUUCGAUUAUGCUCUUAUUUCCUGUCUUACAUGUUUUAAUGUAAAUCAAAAGACACGACUCAAACGUGUGUGCAUAAUCUUGUAAUAUUGUUGAAAAUAUAGUACAUUAUAUAAUUUU